AUGGAGCUGCGCGGGGACUGGGCUGGUUUCGAUCUGCUGACAGUGGGUGGAGAGAAACUUGUAGUGCAUCGCCGUGGGAAUCUGGUCGUUGUCUCCGGCUGCAUCACCACCGUGUCUCCGAUGAAGCAGAAGGCGAACUUUGACCUCAACGUCGGUCAGGUGCCUUUCCACUGCAACCCGCAGCGCUUCGUUGCCUUCGUGGCGCCAACUGCCAUGUCCCGAUACGAAGGCAUCAAGCAGUGUGGUACCAGUUCUGUAUUGCGAGACGACGGCAAGCUCAUGAUCAACUUCAACAAGAACACCAAUCCCAUGGUACUGCACUUCUCUGGGCUGGCCUACAACAUUCGAGGCGAGGCGGAGGAGGAGAUCGAGGUCACGGAAAAGGAGCGCAAGAAACCCGGCAAGGACGUGAAAGACAUCACGGGCAAGGGACAGGGCAAGGGCAAGGACGAGGACGCGUCGCCCACCCGGCGCCAGGUCCUGCGGGCCUCCCAGCAGGACCCUCCAGGAUUGCAGAGGGACAACGGGAUCGUGACACUACAGGGCCAGCUUCUCGAAGCCGUCUACGGCUUCUCCAGCCUGAUGGUUGGCACCCUGCCGGAGGGUUACCGGCCGAAGCGGGAGAUCCGCUGCCUUGCGACUCUGCUGCGCAUGCCCAAGCAGGACGAUUUCGCAUGCUGUCCUAUCGCAGAUCAGAGCAUUGCAAUGACUGUGAAGACUGAUGGGAAUAUCUUCGUCCAGGGCGGAAACCAAAAUUUCGUGGACCAGAAAGGCAUAAUGCGCGUGUUGCCGCAGAGGAAGCGAGGAAUUCUGAGCUUUGAUGGAAUCAGCUUCUCUCAAGCCAGCAACGGGCUGCCGGUGACCCUGGCUCCCGGCCUUGGCAACAAGCAGAAUGUGAGCAAGCUCAUGGAGAGGCUGGUCGGAAAUCGCGAUGACUCGGCAGUGGCCUUGAAGCAUGGCGACGUGGUCCUGCUGGAAGGAGGCUUAGACUGGACCAGCAGCAAGCAGCUCAGUAACAAGCAAGUCAUCGCCAGACUGCCAGAAGGCUGUUGGCCACGUCGGCGCGAGAUUUUCUUUACUCGCGGUCGAGACGAGGAGCGCCGACGCGUGGAUAUUGACAGAUGGGGGCGCAUCUUUUGCCCAGAAGGCGAGGACAGGACGAGCGAAGGCGGCCAUCUGGAGCUUAGUGGCAUUUGCUUCAUCGCUGCUUCGGAGCCGCCUCUCACUUCGCCGCUAGAUGCGGAUGUCGACGAUCUGAAGCUCUCGUACAACCGCACUGUAGUGGACGUGGCUGCGGGCUCCUACAAAGGGCACGAGCAGCUGGAGCAGUUCAUACGGCGGUGCAAUCACUACGAGUGGAACCUGCUGAAGUACAAGAUGGGGCAGCACGCCGGGCGAAGAAUGAUCACCCCUUUGGGCGACGCAUUGCUUCGGGGCUGGGAGCGUGGCAACGAGUACAACCUCGACAAAGAUUGCCACCGUCUUUGGCGGGAUGUGCUGAGGCAGCCGAUGGAUGAGCUAUGGGGCAUCACCACAUGGCAUACCUUGAUGCACCUGUCGGAUGCCAUGCUCGACAAGGUGCUGGAUUGCUGCAACGACAAGCUGACCGACCGGGAUCGGAAGCUGCUGAAAAAAACCAAGCGCCUCUGUGAAGGAGAAUGGGAGAGGAAGCGGCACCCGGGGCUGAAUUUCAAUCGGCUGGGAGAGAUUGCAGCGGACAUCGUUGACCACAUGUUCGAGCACUGGGACUUCUCAGCCCAGCUCCAAGGGCUCAUGAAGAACGACUUCCGUGCGCCCGACACCAUCAAACACCUCUUCCCGCGGCAUGUGGCCAAAUGGCAGGAGAAGCUCAUCAAGGACAAUAUCCCAGACAGAGAGAUGUCCAAGUUCGAAGAGAUCCGGCAGUUUUUCUUCCUGUAUGAGACCACUGGAAGCAACAUGACGCACUGCAGCUUGAUGGGUACCACCGAUCUCUUCACCACCACCGGAAAGUGGUACUUCCCAGAUGCUCCAGAUGUGCAAAGGCAGCUCUUCGAGAAUGUCGCCUGGCUCUUCGACAGGAACAUCCACCAUUACAUCUCCGAGCGGCAAACGGCAAAGUUUCCCUUCAUUGAGGAUUUCGAUAUCCAGGCGGCGAAGGACUACAAGCCCAUUCCAGAAGGGCGCGAGUACGCAGACCCCCCUGAUGAUCUUAUCAUGCACAAGCCAAAGCGUUAUGGCCCCGAGCCCUCCGACGUGAGCGGCGAUCCUGGAUCUAUGAUGAAGCACCGAGCACACGCGAUCCACAUGCUUUAUCCACACCUUGAUGAGCUCUAUUGCUUGGUGUAUUCCGCAUCCGGCUUCAACAAGGGGAAGGAGUUGGUGAAGUCCUCUUUCCACUUGGUGUGGCCACAGCUUGUUGUCGAUCCUGACCGGGCCAAAGUCAUCCGCUACGUAACGCUGGGCGUCUUCAAGAAUGAGACCAACAAGAAAGGAUCCGACAUUCACCAACUGCAGCAGAAGCUCAUGGAACUGGACAAAUGCAAUGAGUGGGAGCUCGUUUUCGACAGCACCACCAUCAACGCCAGAAAUGGCUUGAGACUGCCCUACUCUGACAAAGCCUCCAUGGUCGUCAAAGAUCCGGAGGAUAAAGCAAGGAUCAAGCGAGGGGAGCUCUCGAAGAAUUCCGCUUUCAAGGCCUGCGAGGGCUUGUUCGGGAUUCUGUCAGAGCAUGCCGCCUUAAAAGUAAACCCAUCCUCAUUGCAUUUUUCUUGCGCAAAUUCUGAGCUUCGCCCCCACGGCUUCGCUUGCUGA